UUUGUUUACAUGUCAGAAGACGCGGAGAGACACGAUGAAGGUCCGGGUCAAAUAUUCCAACACACAGAAGUUUGUGGUGACUUUAGAAGACCCUAAUUUGGGUAACUUGAAGGAGGAGAUACGGAAGUUUGUGGAAAAUACCUACGGGGAGACUGUCAAAGAACCAUUGUCACUAAGUCUAAAUGGGUCAGAUGCCCUUACUGGUUCAGCAGAUACCCCCCUUCAGAGUCUGGGCGUUGUCUCUGGAGACUUGAUAAAAGUGAUUCCUACAUCAUCCCCUGCUGCAUGUGCUGCUCCGCCACAAAGAGUACCUUCACCCCCCAAACGACAGGCAACAACGCAGCCUUACACGAGUGCUUCGGCUUCAGCUUCAAAGCCCAGUGGGAUGGAGGUUCCUUCAGGUGGUGCUAGUGGAGAUGGCCCAAGUGCCACAUCCUCAGCCAAGAGUGAACAGCCAGACAGAAAGGCAGAGGAAACUCCAGUCUCCCUCCUCAUUGAAGCUAAAGAUGGCUGUCCCCCUCCCUCUCUUGUACACCUGUUCUCUAAGUGUUCUCCAACUUCUCCCAGUCAGGCAGUGAAUUUGAUGGUUCAUCUAACCAUGUUAGAGUGUGGAUUCUGCUUGGAGGGCAAUGCAGAGCCUCCACCAGGUUGGAAAGAGAUGGUGGCCACCAUCCACUACUCCCACAACACACUGCCAGAGUUCAAGUGCACUCUGGUGCUGGUUACAAUGGGUGAGGUCAAGCAGGUGAUGGCCAGCUUCCAGCAGCAGGAAAGUGAAAUCAGUGUCAAGUUGCUGGUAGGAGAGUAUGUUAAGAAAGGAAAUGACAACACAGUUACGCCAGAAAACCUCAUUCGUGUUGCCCAGCUUGCACGUACCUUGCGUAACCAGCUGCUCCAUCCUCUGCAGGUUGCGGCACACGAAAUCCUUGGAGUUCCUGCCCCGUGGCACCUGGCUGGUCUACCACAGGAACUGCUGCUGAUAAUUGCUAAGAAUCUGGAUGCCAAGUCUGUCCUAAGCCUUGGACAGAGCUGUAAGCGUCUGCAUUCAGUGAUGGAAGACAACAAAUUGUGGCAAAGUCUCUACAAGAGAGAUUUUACAAACCUGUAUGAAAGCAUGGCUGGCCUGAAUGACAUGGACUGGAAGGCCAAGUACAGGGAGGCUGUCACGCGGCGCAAGGAGUGGCGCAACCUGCAGGACAAUCCUGACAUGAAGUUCGAGGCUCCUGAGUUCUACCCAUCUCCCUUUGGGCCAGCCUACCCCAGCUACCCUGGCAUGCCACCGAGAAACCCGGACCCGUAUCCCCCACAGCCUCCCCAACCCCACCCCAUGCCCAACCCCUUCUAUGACCCUGACAGCCCCUUCUUCAUGGGGGAAAUCCCACCUAUGCCUGGUGUGUUCCCCAAUGUUCCCAAUCCCCUGAACCCCAUGAUGCCUAGGGGCCCUAGACCCAACAACCCCUUCGUGCCUCCUUUCAUGCCCACGCGCCAUAGGACACCCCGUGGACCAAGGUUUGACUUCUUCUCAUCAGACUUUAUGUAAAAUGUUAUCAUGCUCAUAGCCUCUGUAUUGUGUGUUUGCCAAUGCUUCAUAUAGUGGAAUAUAUCACUGAAAUACCAUUGCUGUAUCUGUGUAAUAUAGAAAAUUUGGAUACUAUGAAGAAAUGAGUUUAUCAAAUAUAAAUCAGUUGGUUCAAUAUGCAAUCAGUUGGUCCCAAUUACUUGAAAACUGAAGUGGAUGAAUUGUUUUGUUUACAUUAUUAACUUCAUAUGAAAAUAAUAUGGGAAUGAAAGAAGGGAUCUUUGUUUGGGGGGAAAUCUUCAUAAAUUAUAAUGCAGAAGUUUAAUAAAUACUUAUGCAAUU